AAUCGAUGCUGUGUUGCCUGUUGCUGCGUUCAGAUCCAACGCGAAGAAAGUAAAGAUUUUAAUAUCAUCUGCUCCUCCAUCAUGCCUCCGUCAGUCCUCCUCCUCCUCCUCCCCGUCCUGGGCCUCCUCAGCUCCGUCGGCUCUCUGCCUCCUCCUCGAACCUCCUUCCUCCUCGGCUCUGCAGACAGACCUCUGGUCCACUUCAGCCUCCCUGACGUCCACAACACCACCACACUGUUGAUAAGCAACGACUCCUCCACCCUGUAUGUGGGGGCGCGAGAUGCCGUCCUCUCAUUGGACGUCAGUCAGAGUAAUGUCAUCAGCCUGAAGAAGAAGCUGGACUGGAGUCCGUCUCAGUCUCAGAUCCGAGACUGUGAACUUAAAGGGAAGAACCCGACGGUCGACUGUCCAAACUUUGUCCAUGUGUUGGAGCAGAUAAACUCCACCCACCUCUACACCUGUGGCAGCUUUGCCUUCAGCCCUCAUGACAGCUUCAUCGACACUGAGAGCUUCACCCUGGUCCAACAUGGCGACGCUAAAGGUCGCUGUCCCUUCAGCCCGUUCCAGAGGAACACGGCCAUCACCGUUGACGGCGAGCUGUUCACCGCCACGACCAGUGACUUCAGAGGAGUCAAACCUCAGAUCUCGAGACACUUCACCAAACAGAAGCGAGGGGACGUCAGCCAGGACUCGUCCGUCAAUUUACUGGAGGAGCCAACGUUCGUGAGCUCGUCGUGGGACCCGGCUGAGAGGAAACUCUACUUCUUCUUCAGCGAGGUUGGGAAAGAGUUCAGCUUCGUGGACGAGCUGCAGAUCGCCCGGGUCGCCCAGGUCUGCAAGGACGACGUCGGGGGACAGAGGACGCUGCAGAGGAAGUGGACGUCCUUCGCCAAAGCCCCUCUGCUCUGUCAGUCCCACAGACAGAUGCCCUUCAACGUCCUCCAGGACGUGUUCACCCUGCAGCCAGCAGAGGGCGGCGACGCCUCCGACACCCUGUUCUACGGCGUCUUCACCUCUCAGUGGUCCUCCGGUCCAGAGUCGGCGGUCUGUGCCUUCAGGCUGCAGGACGUCAGGACGGCGUUCGCCGGAGGCUACAGGACCUUCGACAUGCAGACGCACCGGUGGAGUCCGCUGCUGGAAAAACACUCAUACCUGGGAAAGUGUGGACUGGACAACGCAUCAGAUUCUGAGCUGGCGGAGGUGAAGAAGAGUUUCCUGACCGGUUCUGGUGUCAGACCGGUGUCAGACGGGCCGGUCCUGGUUUCCUCUGAGCAGCGGUACAGCAGAGUGGCUGCCAUGAGGACGACGGCAGCCAACGGCAAACAGUACACCGUCCUCUACCUGCUCACAGAGUCCGGCUUCCUGCACAAAGUGGUUCUGUUUGACCGGGGUUCUCGGGUCAUCGAGGAGAUUCAGGUCUUCACACAACCUCAGCUGGUCAAAAGCCUCGCUCUGUCCUCUACCAAGGGAGUCCUUUAUGUGGGGACGUCUGAGGGUGUGACCGCUGUCCCCGUGUCCAACUGCUCCACCUACAGAACCUGCAGCCAAUGUGUUCUGGCCAGAGACCCUCAGUGUGGCUGGAGUCCGACCAGGAGGGUCUGCACCGGUCUGGGCCGCGGUUCUGAGACCAUGAUUCAGGACCUGGAGAGCGGCGGCGUGGAGGAGGGGUGUCAGCAGCAGAGCAGAGCCAAUCAGGACACAGAGGUCAGCGUUCAGCUGAAUGAAGUUGUGAGACUUCCGUGUCUGAAACCUUCCAACAUGGCCGCUCUCACCUGGACCUCCCCUCAGUUUAAACACCUGCCAGAUAAACUCUUCAUCCAAUCAGCUGAUGGCAGCCUCAGGUUCCUCGCCGCCGCCGCCACCCUCGGGACCUACCGCUGUGAGGCGGAGGAGGGCGGGUACAAGGAAGUAGUCUCAGGCUACACUGUCAGACAGGCGGCUCUGCCCCGCUCCAUGAGCCCCUCCCCAACUGUCGACGGCCACGUGCCCGACACUAAAGACGAGUCUUUCGAGGACAUUGCCACUGAGGCCCCCCGGGUCCCUGAACCUUCAGGAGACCCAGAGGACAGAGAGGACACGUCCACGACCAGUUUUAAAGACGAGACCACCUUCAACGUCAAAGACUCCGAUUUGAAAAACCAAACUGAAGAUCAUUGGACUGUGACCUCCAGAAAAGACUCGCACUCCUGGAAGGAGCCGGGCGCCGUCCCUCCUCGAGAGAAGAGUUACUACAGCGAGCUGGUGGUCGUCUCCCUCCUGCUGGUCCUCUGCAUCUGCGCCCUGGUCCUCGGAGGACUGCACCUGUGGCGCCAACGGAAGACUGAGCACAAAGUGAAUCCUCUGGUCGGUGCGGACGGUACGGAGGUGAAGGUGGAGUAACAGUGGUUCACUCACAUGCUCCUGGUUCAGCCGCCAGGCGUUUGAAGAGGGGGGGGGUCACUUUUUUUUUCUUU